UUGGCCACACUUUGUCAUCCACUAUCUCUCAGUGAAAGCAGCUGAAACUCACACACACACACACACACUCACACACACAAAACACUCCAACCUGCAGCCGGCCAGACCUCGUAGCGGCAUCCAGGGCUGUAGUCCUCAAGAUGGACAACAAGUCUGAUGUGAAAGCCAUCAUGGCUCGCUUCCAGGCGAGUGGGGCGAGCACAGACGAGACUUCCUCCACACCGGGCGGACGUCCCAAACAGCCUCUUCACUCCACCCUCUCCUCCGGCUCGGCCGUACAGAAGAAACCUGUCUUCGAGAGUCUCUCCGGCAGCGCCACGAAUGCUACUCCCAAAGCUAACUUCCUCAAGAACACAGCGUCCUCUAAAAGUGACACAGACACACAUGAAAUUAACAAAACUAAAGCCAUAGCGAGUAGGUUUGCCAACCUUCAAGACGAUGGGAGCAACAAACCCUUCGCUGCUAACAAACCUCUGAAGCCUGAGCAAAAAACAGCUGUUCAGAAGUCUCCUUUCAACAAACCCUCACUUACGUCCACUGCGUCUGAAUCCAAACCCCUCGCUCCGAAACCCUCUCUGACAGCUGGACCCAAGCCCAGCUGGGUGAAAGCAGACACUGGCGGGGCUGCAGCGCCGAAUGCUAGCUCCACACCUCCAAAAGUACCAAGUGCACAGCACAAACCAUCCAGCAGCAUUGGGAAACUAAAGCAGCAGACUGACGACACAUCGGGAUCCAGCACUGACGCUGGGAGCAAAUCAUCCCUGAACUCCGCUCCCAAACCUCAGUCGAACUUCAGGGCUGCUCAGAACAUGUUCAACAAGGAGAAAGCUGAGCAGGCGGACAGUGGCGGGUCAAGCAAACCGCCACUGGUCACUACAAACUCUUCUACUCCUCCUCCCAAACCUCUCGCCAGUAAAAAACCCAGCUUAAAGAAGCCACCAGCGGUGUCCUCUCUCACCGGCAGCGUUAAUGGUAAUGCCGCUGCAGGGCCAAAGAGAAAACCCCUCCCCAACACCUUCAAUUUGGGUCCCGCUCCCGCUAAGCCGAACCGACCCCCCAAAGUCAACUUGGAGAGCUUUAAAAGAGGAGCCGAGUCCUCCGGUGAGGGUCCUGGUUUCAAGAAACCCACCCCCCUCACUCCUACGGCCUCUCACAGCAGUAACCACAGCAACAACAUGACACCGAGUCAGCCUGCAGCUCCUGCCGUACCCAGUCUGCCCCCACGACACCCUGGAGCCACGAACCAGCAGCAGGAGGACUUUUACGAUGAUGUGGAGGAACUGAUCAGCGCUCCUCCUCCUUUACCACCAUCUGCAGGUCACCCGAGUCAGAGGGCAAAGGAGGAACAAGAUGCUGACGACAACGAUGGAGAGAUGUAUGAGGAUCUCGAAGACCGAUGGGAUGCAGCCGAGCAAAAGAAGAGGGAGAAAGCAGAGAAGGAGGAGAAAAAGCGGCUGGAGGCCGAGAAGAAGGAGCAGAAAGAACGAGAGAAGCGGGAGCAAGAUUUAAAAAAGAAAUUCAAAUUGGUUGGACCUCUGGAGGUCAUUCACCAGGGAAAGGCCCGAUCCGACUGUAAAGGCAGCAAAACCGACCUGGCUCUGAAACAAGGGGACCGUCUGGACAUUAUCCGUGUCCAAGGAAACCCGGAGGGACGGUGGCUGGGACGGACAGCGGACGGAUCCAUUGGAUACGUGAAGACCACAUCAGUGGAAAUCGAUUUUAACACACUGAAGAGUCGCCAGGCCCAGCAGUCCUACGAACCUGAAGUCUACGAUGACAUUGAUGUGGUUUCCUCUGGGAGCAGUGGUAACAGUGGAGUUGUCCUACCGCCACCGCCGGGAGAUGGGGAGAUAUAUGAUGAUUGCGUUGAUCCAAACCUGGAAGUGAGUCCCAGUGAGGCCACCGUUUCUCCCCUGAAGUCCAAUGUCUUCCUGCGGAUGUUUGACCGAAACAAACGUCUUUCAAGCUCUAAAGCAGUUCCUCCACCCAGCCAGUUCACUGCAGAAGGCCCCUCAGAUCAGCUGGGAGGACCGAUUGAUGAGGAGAUUUAUGAUGAUGUGGACUCUCAGGGUCCACUUCCUCCUCCUCCCCCUCCCAUCAGCAGCCUUCCAGGAAUGAAAGGUAAAGGCAGGACUGAUGAAAUGGAUCCAAGGAAACAGAAAAAGUUUGAGAAGGAGGAAAAAGAGUUUAGGAAAAAGUUUAAAUUUGAUAGGGAGAUCCAGUCACUGUAUCAGGUAACCAUCGUCCACUCGCUGACUAACAAGAAGUGGGGCCCUAAAGAGCUGUCAAUAAAAGCUGGAGAGACACUGGACGUCAUUUCUAAGGAGGUGGAUAAUAAACUGAUAUGUCGCAAUGAGGAUGGGAAGUUUGGCUACGUUUCAACCGCUCACAUUGUUAUGGAUGAUGGGGACAUUUACGAUGAUAUUGGAGACGACUGCAUCUAUGACAACGACUGAGAGAAAGAAAACCUGCACUCCCUGCAUUGUUUUAUGCUGAUAUUUUCAUGAUUAGCUAUUUAUUGAAUUCUUCAGUUAUGUUGUCUGUGAAAAGCUGUAACGAAACAUCCCACUGAAACAAAAAGAAGUCUGUUUCAAGUCUUCAUCGUAUUAUUUAUUUUUAUCCGAAUGGCUGAAAAAGUGCUGUACCUGUGAUGUGUUUGUACGAAAACUCUGAAAGCAAAGAGAAUUCCAACAAAACAAGAGUACUCAACAGAAGGGAAGAAUUGUUAGAAAAACAGUAUUUGAACAUCUCAGUUUGUUGUUUUCUCAUCGGUUUUCCUGUUUUGGAUUACAUUCAAAUAUUCCACAACAUUUUAAUGUAAAUGUAUUCUGAGGGCUCAGUAAGAUUACAUGACCGUAGCAGCAGUUUGCUUGUUUAUUUCAAGUACCAUUGUUCUUUUUAAUGACAGUAAUGAUCUGACUUUGUAUGUGCAUUUCUUUUAUAUUAUUGCUGAUUUUGGAGAAAGUGUAGCUUUGACGCUCCUGAGACAUAAUGGAAAGGCCUUUCUGUUUGUUUACUUGGUUUUUUUCCCCCUUGCUUUUAUUUCAACACAUCUUGCUUGAUUCUGUCAUUGAAAUAAAAUCCAACCUGCUAUAAG